AUGGCGCCGUUGGUGCUUCACAACGUGCCCGAUGACGAGCUGUACAUAGGGGCAGAUGGCGUGACGCGGCCAUUUGCUGUGGUCGGCGCAGCAGAUGAGUACGUCGAGGAACUUCUGAAAGCUCUGGACAGCAGAAGCCCUGUGAUGAUCCAAAAAGCUAACCAUAUCUUUUAUUUGAAAUGUACAGGCGGCGAUCGGCACGGUUACGGCGACAAGCAACAGCCACACACGGGUCAUUCGGCCGGGCACGGUCACGACCACGGGCAGGGUCGGUUGGCCCCGGCGGCGCGCGUGUCAAGCAGCAGCAAAGCAAGCCGGCAGUAA